UAUUUCUCCUCAGCCUGGACACCUUCACGAUGGGAAAGACACUUUCUAAAAAGACUAAACAGAUCACUGAACCCCCGAAGGAUGACAGACCAAGUUCAAGCCUGGAUACCUUCACGAUGGGAAAGAAUCUUUCCAAAGAAACUGAAGAGAUGACUGGGCCCCCUAAAGAUGACAGACCAAGUACAAGCCUGGAUACCUUCACGAUGGGAACGAAUCUUUCCAAGGAAACUGAAGAGAUGACUGGACCCCCUAAAGAUGACAGACCAAUUACAAGCCUGGACACCUUUACGAUGGGAAAGACACUUUCUAAAAAGACUAAACAGAUCACUGAACCCCCGAAGGAUGACAGACCAAGUUCAAGGUACAGAUAUGUUUAG